AUGGACCGUCUGCGUGUCUCAAAGCGAACCGCCCCCCGAUUUCCGACAUCGAUUGCAUCUCGAUAUAUCUCAGAUACGCGGCGAGGCCCGCCCGCCCGCUCUCGACCACAUACCCGGCUGUUGGCAGAGAUUGCGAUCGCUGUGGACGUCACUCGUAUGGACUGCAACUACACAACCUGUGAGAGUCGCCCGAUCCAGCUAGCUGCUGCUCGCUAG